AUGUCGCGUCAAACUGAUGGCAAGGAAAACGCGCUAGCAAAGUAUAGUCAACGAGUGAGAACGCCGGUAAAUGCGUUACGCGACAUAACCAAUAAAACACCACAGAUUAAGACAGUUAGACAUAAUAAAGAUGGUUAUAUUGGCACACCAGCAGUAGCAUUCACAAAGCAAUCAAAAAGCUCAUUAGAUCGAACGAAAUUAAAAGAAAAUGACAUCACAAAACAACAAAAUUUAAAAUGCACAGUAGAGAAUCUAAUAAUGAAACAAAGCGAGGAGGAGGCUGAUGUGCCUGAAAUUGAAUAUUGUCCUUCACCAAUUAAAGAAAUACCCUAUGAACCAUUGGAUGAAGACCUUAAGUUUGAUUGGGAACCAUUACGACAACUGCCUAGUGUUACUGCGUACGAGUUUGAAAAUAUAAAGUAUGAUGAAUUAUCAUUUCCAGAGAUUGAUCCAGAUGAUUAUCGAUCCAGGGAGGUUAUGGAUGAUUAUGGCAAUCCAGUUCGUACUUCAUUGGAUUCAAAACCGAGUAAGAAUGGAGCAAAACAUUUUGAAAAUAAACCACGUAGAAAAUCUACAUCAGAUGUUGGAACUCAAACAAAUCUUAAACCAACUAUAGAAGAAUCCUCGACAAUAUGUGAUAAAGAAGGAUGUUUAGCAGCAUGUAAAUCAUUUUUUCGACAAUGCAAACGAUUAUUGAAUCUUCUCAAAUAUCUUCGACUUGCUCUGGUGUUGACUUUGUACACCCUUAUUUUCGUGGAUGUGAUUCAUAUAAUUACAAAAGUUCCUAAAGUUUUUUGGAUAGAAUGCCUAUUACAGGUCAUAAAUGCCGGAUUUACUAUUUUUACAUUAUUCUUACAUCCAAAAAGAAUAGCCAAUUUUUUAAGAGCAGUUAAAAUAUAUAGAGCAAAUCUAAAAAGCCGUCGACAACUUGGUUAUGAUUAUCCUCCUCUUGAUAUUAGAGAUGCACAAAAAAGUGUUCACAAAGAUUAUGAAUGGUAUAUCUUUGAAGGUGAUAAAGCUUUUAUUUGUCCACCGGGAAAACUGUUGACAGUCCUCAUCUUUUGGAAUGUAGGUAGUUUAGCACAAUACGGUAUUUGCGCUGUUUUAUGGUCCACACAAAAUCGACCUAUAGUAAUAUAUCUAAUGCUGGAUAUCAUUGCUUUGAUAUGUGAAAUUGUACCAAUCCCUUUAGUAGUAGUACAAUCAAAACGUGCGAAGUUGGCACAACAAUUUGCAUCUUUUGAAACCGGUCAACGACGAUUAUUAAAUCCAAAUCCAAGAUAUCGUAGGUCUAUAGCUUUGUAA